AUGAUGCUGAAAAGAACUAGCAGUGGGUACAGAUCCCUCAAGGAGUCGUCAAGUGAGCUGGAGGUUGCGGUCCAGGCCUCCGAGGGCUCAAUGGCGUCUCCCACGGGCAUCACUCCAUUCCUCAUAUUCCUGGUCUUUGUCGUCACUCUCGGCCCCUUUCAGUUUGGGUACCACCUGGGAGAACUCAACGCCCCUGAAAAGGUCAUCACUUGCACAGUGGAUGAACCGCCUCGAUAUGGUGUCCUCAGCCUUCCACAAUGCAUACCGAUGGACGCGGCCGAGUGGGGCAUGAUUCAGUCUGUCUUCACUAUCGGAGGUCUUUUCGGAGCCCUCUUCAGCGGUUCUGUGGCCACGAGAUUCGGUCGUCUGGUCGCAGUGAGAGGUCUUACCCUCUUCUUGGCGAUUGGACCCAUCGCAGAGGCUCUUGCAGGGAGCAUGUGGGUUAUGGGGCUAGGGAGAACAAUUUCUGGCCUGGGAGCAGGGGCAGCCACCGUGGUUGCUCCCAUGUACAUCUCUGAAGUGGCACCAGCAGAAAGCCGUGGACUCUUUGGGGCCUUUACCCAGGUCCAGAUCAACCUAGGAAUCUUCAUCGCACAGCUCCUCGGAUACUUUUUGUCCACCAACGACAAAUGGCGCUGGAUUCUUGCCGCAGCCGGAUUCGUUGCCGGGGCCACAUUCUUUGGGCUGAUGUUGGCUCCCGAGACCCCCAAAUGGCUGGCCGCCAACAACCAACCGCGAAUGGCAAUGGGGAUACUGCAACGCAUCAGAGGCAGAGAAGCUGACAUCGGCGAAGAAAUGGCAGACUGGGAAAUAUCAGGCGAAGCCGAGGAGGAAAGUCUUCUUGGACCUCCUCGGGGAUCUGGAUCACAACGACAACCGAUUAUGUCCUUUCUCGAGGUCGUUCGAAACCCGACGUACCGGAGAGCUGUGAUUGCAGUCUCCGGUGUCAUGAUGGCCCAGCAACUCAGCGGUAUUAACAGCGUUGUCAUGUAUAGCGUCUCCAUCCUGGGAAACAUCAUGCCGAAUCAAGCGGCACUGAUUACAGUCAUGGUUUCGGCCACAAACGUGCUCGUCACGCUGGCGACGGCUCCUCUGGCCGACAGACUGGGUCGGAAACCAUGCCUGCUCCUGUCACUUGCAGGAAUGGGGUCGGCGUCCGUCAUGCUUGCGGCAGGUCUGUCCAACGACGCCCGAGUCCCCAUCGUUCUCGGUCUAGUGCUCUUCGUCUGCAGUUUUGGUGCUGGAUUGGGUCCGGUGCCUUUUAUUCUGGCGAGUGAGCUGGUCGGUCCCGAGGCUGUCGGAGCUACCUCAAGCUGGGCACUUGCCUGCAAUUGGCUAUCGACCUUCUUGGUCGCUCAAUUCUUUCCUAUGAUCAAUGCUGCGCUCCCCCGAGGGAGUGUGUUCUGGAUCUUUGCGGCGCUGGCGGCUGCAUUCGGGGCGUUUGUUGGACUCUUUGUGCCCGAGAGCAAGGGAAGGGCGAAUGCGGAUGAAGUCUGGAGAAGACAGAGUCGUUCUAGCGAACUCUGA